ACGCCUGCAUCCAAAAAAUUCCCCGAUUUUUCCUUGCUUGCUCCUCUCGGCUUCGGCCUCACCCACCCUCCUCCUCUCGAUUCUUCGCUUCUCUUUCCCGUACGCUGCUGCUCCUGCUGCCAUCAUCAUCAUCCCUUGCAGAUAGCCACCCUGCCAAUCACGCUUGUUUCUCCUACCCUCUGCUCUUUUUUCGUUCCCCCAACCACUCCAACAUCGCGCCACCCGAUCCAAUCCAAUCCAAUCUAAUCCAGCCCCAUUCGCCCUUCGUUCGCCCUACGAUUUCAUCUGUGCACCAGCUACAGCAGCUCCAAUCCCCUUCCCCGAAUCUCUGCUGAUCGACUCGACGGAGGCGGGAUUUGCGGUUGCAGAUCCGGCCGGCGGCGCGCGUGUCGGGAGGAUCCAUCCACCCACCCCGUCUGCUUCUCUGAUGCGCCGAUCCGGGCGGCGGUGAGCCAUGCCGAGCGUCGGCGUGAAGAUCUACAGCGUCUUCUUCAAGCUGCUCCUGCGCCACCGCCUCCAGUCCCUCACCGCCGCUCCCCCCUCCCCCGACGCCUUCGGGGUCUCCUGCCGCGCCGACGAGGCCACGGCGCCCGCCAACCCGGCCUUCUCCGCGGCCGACGGCGUCGCGUCCAAGGACCUCCACAUCGACCCCAACUCCGCGCUCGCCGUCCGCGUCUUCCUCCCCACCCCUCCGCCCGCGCCGCACCUCCUCCACCCGCGCCGCGCCAGCGACCCGCCCGCGGGGGCCGCGGCCGCGCCCUACAGGGGCUACCUCCCGCACGCCGUCUCCGCCGCCUCCGCGCGCCGCAGGCUGCCCAUCGUCGUGCAGUUCCACGGCGGGGGAUUCGUCACGGGCAGCAACUGCUCCGCCUCCAACGACGCCUUCUGCAGGCGGGUCGCCAAGUUCUGCGACGCCAUAGUUGUUGCCGUGGGCUACAGGCUCGCGCCCGAGAGCCGCUACCCUGCCGCGUUCGAUGACGGGGUCAGGGUGCUCCGGUGGAUCGCCAAGCAGGCCAACCUCGCCAUGAUGAGCAAGGUCGGGGGUGGGGUGGAUACCUUCGGUGCCUCCUCCGUUGAGCCAUGGAUCGCUGCACAUGGUGAUCCCGCAAGAUGUGUCCUACUUGGUGUAAGCAGUGGUGCCAAUAUUGCUGAUUUUGUCACUCGGAAGACAGUGGAAGAUUCAAAGCUAUUUGACCCUGUCAAGAUCGUAGCACAGGUUCUGAUGUAUCCCUUCUUCAUAGGAAGUGUUCCAACACACUCGGAAAUAAGGCUUGCGAACUCAUACUUCUACGACAAAUCCACAUGCUUACUUGCUUGGAGAUUACUUCUAUCAGAGAAAGAGUUCAGCCUGGACCAUCCUGCUGCCAACCCCCUUGCCCCUGGCAGAGGAGGCCCACCACUCAAAUGCAUGCCUCCGACCUUGACGAUCAUUGCGGAACAUGACUGGAUGAGGGAUAGAGCAAUUGCUUACUCGGAGGAACUCCGCAAGGUAAAUGUGGAUGCGCCAGUGCUCGACUACAAAGAUACAGUUCACGAGUUUGCGACGCUUGAUGUGUUUCUGAAGACACCACAGGCCCAGGCCUGUGCUGAGGACAUUGCCAUAUGGAUGAAGAAAUACAUAUCCCUCAGAGGGCAUGAGUUCUCAUAUUAGCCUUAGCAAAGAUCAGCAUUGUGAAAUAGACUCUUACAGGGAAGGAUAGAUGUGUUCUUGUUCACCUGGUGAUGGGAGGCACCGCAAGUUAAAACGUGAAGAACCAAUUAGCGUAAUGUGAGUGCUGAGUACCUUCCCCCUUUAUUGAUGAUCUUUGUGGAAGAAUGUAGUGUGCAAAUUGUAGACUGAACUCAAAGACGAUGCUCUUACGCCUUGUAGAGCUUAAUUCUUUCAUUCCUUUUGUACCCUUUGUGAA